AUUUUUAGGAGUAAAAACACUUUUUAAUCAAUAUUUUAAUGUUUUCAAACGAAUUUUGCAUGUUGUGCAACCUCCAGCUGAUCGUCACAAUUCAGUAGGUGAGUUUGUGCUUGGUCUUACAAUGGAGCACGGAAACAACGAAUUCGCAUUGAGUGCACUAAAGAACCUGGAACCGUUGGUAAAUCCUGUCCGUCAGUAUCAAAAUCGAUCAAAGAAAAGAACGGAUCACAGCCAGAAUGAUGAAAAUGCGCUCGCAGGCGGUGGUAGCGAGUGCCGAAGUGGAGGUGAAAAAAAGCUGGCAGAAGUUCUUGCCAAAAUCGCCAGCUUGCAGCGUAAUGCCGAAAGUUGCAUAGACCGUACCAAGCUGGUGCGGACGUAUAACGUAAAGUUGCGUCUUAAGAAAACGUCCUUAUAUAAAUGUUUCGAUUGCGACAGCUGUUUUACUAAUGCAGACUUUUUGGAGUUGCAUGAAAAGUCACACGCGGUGCUGGAAGCAGAUUUAUCUGGUUCGCGUCAGGAUCAGGAUAUUGAUCUUAGCCAGGAGCAGUCAGUGGAUGAGUCGGAGAUGAAUCUCAAGCAGAAUGUUUGGUUUCCGGAAGAUUUUGAUGAUGCCGACCGGGACGAUGAGGAUGGAAUGAUUCAACUGGACUGUACGGUUGAGGAGAGUGAGGAUAAUUUUGAUAUUACCUUCGAUAGAACGAAGUGCGAGAAAACCUAUACGGUGAAAUAUAAAGUAAAGAAGGAACCGGUGGGAAAGUGUGAAAGAUGCGAAAAGUUGUUCUACAACUUGGCUGCUCUGGAGCUGCACAAAGCCGAGCACGAGCAAUUUAUGGAUUUUGAUUCCGUGGAGCCGAAGAUAAACAUUGAUUCGCCAAAAAUCGAAGAAAGUACCAUGACUCUGGAUGACAGCUUUUAUCAAGCGAUUUCCGAGAAAGACAUCAGCGAUUUGGAGGUAAGUGAUAGUGGCAAUCAAACUUUGAACUGUUCUGCACAAAAAGUGGAUCGAGAUUGCGAAGGCAGUUUUAGUUGCUAAUGUUUAACACAGUAAAACACGCCAUUAACAAUUUCAUCAAAGAAAUAUCACAUAAAAUAUGCUCCAGCGCAAUCCAUUCGAAACAUGCUUGUGAAUAUCUCGACAUAAUCUGAUUACUUUUACACUUAUGUUCUCGCUUAGUCUUGAAUGAUCACACCUAGCGUGCUCGAAAUUGUAAUUAUAGUUACUGUGUUGUAUUCUAUGUUUAAAUAAUGCUCUUCGUGUUUGCAAAGAGGGAACAAAAUACCAAUUUGUUUCAACUUUUGACAUUCAGGAUUUGCUUUUAAAAUACUGUAUUUCUUGAAGCUGAAGCUCUGCUAAAACUCGUCAGGAGAUUAAUGUUACCUGUAUCGUAGUUAUCAUUCUGCAACAAAUGCUAUUUUUCAACUUUCAAUCAGAUGCUUAGUUGAUGUCCUGCAGUUAUAAACUUGUGUAGAUUGUUAAUGCUGAACAGAAAUGAAGACUCGGCUUAAAUAAAAAUAAAACAUAGUUCCGCGUGAAUGUUUUAAUCCUAGAACAACAUGUAUGAAGUCAUUCAAUUCAUAAAUAUGCAAUAAA